CAGAACUGGGAAAUCUGACUUCAGUGAGUUCAAGACAACUGGGAAAGACAACUGGGAACUCAGGAAGAAAUGAGCUCCGACUGGGUAAAUACAUGUUUAACGGUCAUCCAACUCGGAAUUGUAAGUGGGGAACUCUGGCCUUUUUAGAGCUACGACCUGAAGAUCACGGACGUCAUCAUGAUUCAACCUUGCUUUUUUCCCCAGAGUUCCCAGUUGUCUUGAAUGCACCGUACAUCCAGAGAAUGCCAGACUUUGAUAAAAGUUUGAUGACAAAAUAUGCCCACAAGACUGUUGCGCCAGCUUCCUGUCAAGUGAGCACAAGAUGUCGCUGGUGGAUUUGGGGAAGCGGCUACUUGAGGCUGCACGGAAAGGCCAGGACGAUGAAGUCAGGACACUCAUGGCCAACGGGGCUCCCUUCACCACAGACUGGCUGGGUACAUCUCCGUUGCACUUGGCCGCCCAACACGGACACUAUUCCACCGCCGAGGUGCUGCUCAGAGCAGGUGUCAGCAGGGAUGCCCGAACCAAAGUGGACAGGACCCCUCUGCAUAUGGCCGCUUCAGAGGGCCACACCGUCAUCGUGGAUCUAUUAGUCAGGAGUGGAGCAGACAUUAAUGCCAAAGACAUGUUGAAGAUGACUGCUCUCCACUGGGCCGCCCAGAACGGCCACCAAAGGGUAGCGGAGACGCUCGUCAAACAUGGCGCAGAUGUUCACGCUCUCAGUAAAUUCGAUAAGACGCCAUUCGACAUCGCAGGAGACAUCCAGAAUGCAGACCUUAUGCUCCUACUACAGGAAGGAAUGCAGAACCAGGUGAACAUGAACGCAGAGGCUGGCAUGACGGGGAGCUCGGCCCAGCCUCAGUUUAUCAUCCAGGGCAUCCCAGGGCUCCAGGGGGGCGUGGUCAACCUGGCGGACCUCCUCAACAACGCUGCCAAGGCCAACUCUGGUAGGCUCCAGGGGGGCGUGGUCAACCUGGCCGACCUCCUCAACAACGCUGCCAAGGCCAACUCUGCAGUUGAAUCUGAGGAAGCCAUAGCAGCCAAUUCUUUGGACCCGGGCAGCAUCCAGCACAUGGUGAACGAGCAAGGUCAAAGGGUUAUCACCAUAGUGACCGACCAACACGGCAACCUGCAGACUGGAGGGCUUGGUCAGCCAUUCUUUGUCACCAUGCAGCACGGACAACAGAUGUUGGCGAUGCCAGCCAAUCAGGUGACAGAGGAGGUGGUUGAUGAGGAACCCCAGCCCCCGCCCUCUCGCAAGAGGAAACUGGAGGCCUCGGCCAACCACAUGGAGUCUGGAGACACGGAGCAGUUACAGAGGCAGCUGCAGGAGGCCAACCGGAAGGCCCAGGAGUACCGGCAGCAGCUGAUGUGCAAGGAGCAGGAAGCAGAGCAGUACCGCAUGAAGCUGGAGGCAAUGUCGCACAGCCAUACCAACGGCACCUCGGAGCAGGAGGAGGUGAUUGGGGGUGAGGAGGAGGUGCAGGAGGAGGUGAUGCUCCAGGAGGGAGACAUCAUCAUCAAGACGGAGGGGCUGGACUCGGCCGAGGAGCAGGUGACGCUGGUGGACUCGGCGCCCUCCCACACCGAGGUCAUCUCAUAAUGUCAGACAGACUGAUGUCACUGACUGAAGGAGAAAUGGACACGUGGACUCAGGCGACAGGCCAGCCUGUUGGUGUUUUCAUAGCUCUUUUGUUAAUUAUUUUCCUGCUAUGUUUUGUUUUUGUACAAUAUUUACUUUUUCUGCCGUUUUAUUUUCCUCAACUGUGUUUAUUUGUGUUUUAUUUUUUACAAAUAGCGAAGCGAGGAGCUGAAUAUAUUGAUUGAGGAGCAGGAACGGGACCUGCUCAGCAUGUGACUCUGUAAGGUUGCCUAGCUGAAGAACGUCUAUGCUCCCUGGGGAAAACGGGGCCUCGGGCGCUCGCUCUCGGAUAUCUAUGGUGUCUGAGACAUGUCAAUGUUGUGUGGGGAAAUGCAUUUUUCAUGGUUCCAACAGCAUGUCCUAAGGUGACCAAGAUGCACAUCCAAAGUUUAUUAGACACGUCCAUCCAUAGAACCAGAGGACAGGUCUGUUGGAGAGAACACUGUUUUGUUCAACUCCUUCAGGUCUCAAAAGUCUCCCUCUGCCUCAGUCUUCCAUCCAACCACCCACCACCAUGGGCAAUGGGAAUGGUACUUAAGCAUACCCAUUUCCUAUUUCAAAAUAAUCCUCUUACAUGAGAAAUGACAGUGCAUGUAGUUGGCAACAGUCAUUCUCAGCAAUUGUUUCAAAGUUGUGAAUGGCAGUGUUUUGCCUUUCGUGGCACCACGUUAAGCUUUGUCCUCUAGUUGUCGUCGGUGCCACUUCCAUAGUGCGGUCGUGAUUGUAGGUUUACUGUUGCACAAGCCACAACUUUCCUCCCGCUGAUGAUGACACAAAGAUGAACUUCCCAUCGUUUUAAUGCCCCCGUGGCUUUAAUCACUAGUAGCCCCACUCCCCAGAGACUGACAGGAAUAAGGGUGUCUCAUAAAAUUAACGAUGUUGAUACACUAUAAACAAAAGUAUGUGGACUCCACUUCAAAUGAGUGGAUGCGGCUACUUCAGCCACACCCGUUGCUGACAGGAUAUAACAUUGAGCACACAGACAUGCGGUCUCCAUAGACAAACAUUGGCAGUAGA